CUCACCUCUCACCUGCACCAUGGCCGCCGCACUCAGCGAGGACACCAAGGAGCGCAUCGUGCGCGCCAUCGACCUGGGCAAGAACGUGCUGCACUACGGCUGGGUUCCGUUUGUGCUCUACAUCGGAUACACGCAGGGCGGCCGGCCGAGCCUGAUCCAGCUCGUCUCGCCGCUGGCAUGAAGCGACCGGGCUCUGCUGUGGCGCGAUAAUCACAUCACCUCUCUCACACGAAGCGCGAGGAAGGUCUGCCUGGGCUGAACUCGCAUGCUCGAGUGAUGGCAUUCGCACUGCGAGAGGUCGUUGGAGAUGCCUCUACAAGAAGCGCUGCCUGUGGCCGGCGUCAUGCGCCUCUCGAGCUUGCGCAAAUAUCAGAGGGAGAGGAGAUGCCUUGCAGCGUGGUAGCCAGGUAUCAUUCACGUCUGCAUCGGCCCCGACCCAUCGUCAGGCGGCGCCGUGCCGUCCUGCACUGCCUCUUCAUCGGCACUUGGCCGCAUCUCUUCGUCCU